GGGCUCAGCCGCCCGCACCCGCUGAGUUGCACUAGGGGAGGAGAGGGAUCCCCGGGCGUAAGCGGGACCUGCGGCCACAACUUCUGGUCCUCUCCCACCCUCUUUCCAUCUUCUGUUUCCCAUCUUCUUACAGGCGUCCGCACCUCAGGACUUUGCCCCGCAGGCUGCGAAAGGAACCACACUUCGGGGCCACUUGCAUUCUGGGGAGGGCGGCUCUCCUCCCAUCCACUCAAGAUGCUCAGGGGUCCGGGACCCGGGCGGCUGCUGCUGCUGGCCGUCCUGUUCCUGGGGACAGCAGUGCGCUGCACCGAAGCCGGGAAGAACAGGAGGCAGGCUCAGCAAAUCGUGCAGCCUCAGUCCCCGGUGGCUGUCAGUCAAAGCAAGCCUGGCUGUUUUGACAAUGGGAAACACUAUCAGAUAAACCAGCAGUGGGAACGCACCUACCUGGGCAACGCCUUGGUUUGUACCUGCUAUGGAGGAAGCCGGGGCUUUAACUGCGAGAGUAAACCGGAAGCUGAAGAGACUUGCUUUGACAAGUACACUGGGAACACUUACAAAGUGGGUGACACUUACGAGCGCCCUAAAGAUUCCAUGAUCUGGGACUGUACCUGCAUUGGGGCCGGGCGAGGGAGAAUCAGCUGUACUAUCGCAAAUCGCUGCCAUGAAGGGGGCCAGUCCUACAAGAUUGGUGACAAGUGGAGGAGGCCACACGAGACUGGCGGGUACAUGCUGGAGUGUCUGUGCCUGGGCAAUGGCAAAGGAGAGUGGACCUGUAAACCUAUAGCUGAAAAAUGUUUUGAUGAUGCUGCUGGGACUUCCUAUGUCGUGGGUGAGACCUGGGAAAAGCCCUACCAAGGCUGGAUGAUGGUGGACUGCACUUGUCUGGGCGAAGGCAAUGGGCGUAUCACCUGUUCCUCCAGAAACAGGUGUAAUGAUCAGGACACCCGGACAUCCUAUAGAAUUGGAGACACCUGGAGCAAGAAGGAUAACCGAGGAAACCUGCUCCAGUGUGUGUGCACAGGCAAUGGCAGAGGGGAAUGGAAGUGUGAGCGACACGCUCUUCAGAGCACUUCAGCUGGAUCUGGCUCCCUCACAGAUGUCCGCACAGCCAUUUACCAGCCUCAGACUCCCCUGCAGCCCGCUCCAUACGGCCACUGUGUCACAGACAGCGGUGUGGUCUACUCGGUGGGAAUGCAGUGGCUGAAGUCACAGGGAAACAAGCAGAUGCUGUGCACUUGCCUGGGCAAUGGAGUUAGCUGCCAGGAGACAGCUGUGACCCAGACUUAUGGUGGCAAUUCAAACGGGGAGCCCUGUGUCCUCCCAUUCACCUACAAUGGUCGGACCUUCUACUCCUGCACCGCAGAAGGACGGCAGGAUGGGCAUCUCUGGUGCAGCACAACUUCAAACUAUGAGCAAGACCAGAAGUAUUCUUUCUGUACUGACCAUGCCGUUUUGGUUCAGACUCGAGGUGGAAAUUCCAACGGUGCCUUGUGCCACUUCCCCUUCCUGUACAACAACCGUAACUACACCGACUGUACUUCUGAGGGCAGGAGGGACAACAUGAAAUGGUGUGGAACAACCCAGAACUAUGACGUGGACCAGAAGUUUGGGUUCUGCCCCAUGGCUGCCCAUGAGGAGAUCUGCACAACCAACGAAGGGGUCAUGUAUCGCAUUGGGGAUCAGUGGGAUAAGCAGCAUGAUUUGGGCCACAUGAUGAGGUGCACGUGUGUUGGUAACGGUCGCGGAGAAUGGGCCUGCAUUCCCUACUCCCAGCUCCGAGAUCAGUGCGUUGUGGAUGAUAUCACCUACAAUGUGAACGACACAUUCCACAAGCGCCAUGAGGAGGGACAUAUGCUGAACUGUACGUGCUUCGGUCAGGGCCGGGGCAGAUGGAAGUGUGAUCCCAUUGACCAGUGUCAAGAUUCAGAGACCCGGACAUUUUACCAGAUCGGCGAUUCCUGGGAGAAGUUUGUGCAUGGUGUCAGAUACCAGUGCUACUGCUACGGCCGUGGCAUUGGGGAGUGGCAUUGCCAACCUCUGCAGACCUACCCAGGCACAACUGGUCCUGUCCAAGUAAUUAUCACAGAGACUCCCAGCCAGCCCAACUCCCACCCCAUCCAGUGGAAUGCACCAGAGCCAUCGCACAUCACCAAGUACAUUCUCAGAUGGAGACCUAAAACCUCUACGGGCCGCUGGAAAGAAGCCACUAUUCCAGGCCACCUCAAUUCCUACACCAUCAAAGGCCUGACCCCGGGUGUGGUAUAUGAGGGUCAGCUCAUCAGCAUCCAGCAGUAUGGACACCGAGAAGUGACGCGUUUUGACUUCACCACCAGCGCCAGCACACCUGUGACCAGCAACACGGUAACGGGAGAGACUACGCCCUUUUCUCCUGUUGUGGCCACUUCUGAGUCUGUAACUGAAAUCACAGCCAGCAGCUUUGUGGUCUCGUGGGUCUCAGCUUCUGACACUGUGUCCGGAUUCCGGGUGGAGUAUGAGCUGAGCGAGGAGGGCGAUGAACCACAGUACCUUGAUCUUCCAAGCACAGCCACUUCUGUGAACAUCCCUGACCUGCUCCCAGGCAGGAAGUACAUAGUCAAUGUCUAUCAGAUAUCUGAAGAGGGAGAGCAGAGCUUGAUCCUGUCUACAUCACAGACGACAGCACCUGAUGCCCCUCCAGACCCUACCGUGGACCAGGUUGAUGAUACUUCAAUUGUUGUUCGCUGGAGCAGACCCCAGGCACCCAUCACAGGGUACAGAAUCGUCUAUUCUCCAUCAGUUGAAGGCAGUAGCACAGAGCUCAACCUUCCUGAAACGGCCAACUCCGUCACCCUCAGUGACCUGCAGCCCGGUGUGCAGUACAACAUCACCAUCUAUGCAGUGGAGGAGAACCAAGAGAGCACACCUGUGUUCAUCCAGCAAGAGACUACUGGCACCCCACGAUCUGAUAAAGUUCCCCCUCCCAAGGACCUGCAGUUUGUGGAAGUGACAGAUGUGAAAGUCACCAUCAUGUGGACGCCUCCUGAUAGUGUGGUGACUGGCUACCGUGUGGAUGUCCUCCCUGUCAACCUGCCUGGGGAGCACGGGCAGAGGCUGCCCGUGAGCAGGAACACCUUUGCUGAGAUCGUCGGGCUGACCCCCGGGGUCACGUACCAGUUCAACGUCUUUGCUGUGAACCAGGGCAGGGAGAGCAAACCUCUGACUGCACAGCAGACCACCAAGCUUGAUGCUCCCACGAACCUCCAGUUUGUCAACGAAACUGACAGAACGGUUCUGGUGACGUGGACCCCUCCUCGGGCCCGGAUAGCAGGGUACCGAUUGACAGUGGGCCUGACUCGAGGAGGCCAGCCCAAGCAGUACAAUGUGGGGCCUUCAGCCUCCAAGUAUCCCCUGAGAAAUCUACAGCCUGGGUCUGAGUACACUGUGACCCUCGUGGCUGUGAAAGGGAACCAACAGAGCCCCAAAACCACCGGGGUCUUUACUACCUUGCAACCGUCUCGCUCCAUUCCGCCUUACCACACCGAGGUGACGGAGACCACCAUCGUGAUCACCUGGACCCCCGUUCCCAGGAUUGGCUUCAAGCUGGGUGUGCGACCAAGCCAGGGAGGCGAAGCACCUCGAGAAGUGACUUCAGAAACUGGAAGCAUCGUUGUAUCUGGCUUGACUCCAGGCGUGGAAUACACUUACACCAUCCAAGUCCUGAGAGAUGGCCAGGAGAGGGACGCACCGAUCGUCAACAGAGUGGUGACCCCGAUGUCUCCACCAACGAACUUGCAUCUGGAGGCAAACCCUGACACUGGAGUGCUAACAGUCUCCUGGGAGAGGAGCACCACCCCAGAUAUCACUGGCUACAGAAUAACCACAACCCCCACGAACGGGCAGCUGGGAAGCUCUCUGGAAGAAGUGGUUCGCGCCGACCAGAACUCCUGCACUUUUGAAAACCUGAAUCCUGGCAUGGAGUACAAUGUCAGUGUCUACACUGUCAAAGAUGACAAGGAAAGUUCCCCUAUCUCUGAUACCAUCAUCCCAGCUGUCCCUCCUCCCACUGAUCUGCGAUUCACCAAUAUUGGUCCAGACACUAUGCGUGUCACUUGGGCCCCACCUCCAUCCAUCCAGCUAACCAGCUUCUUGGUGCGUUACUCACCUGUGAAAAAUGAGGAGGACGUGGCGGAGGUGUCCGUUCCCUCUUCAAGCAAUGUGAUGGUUCUAACAAAUCUCCUGCCUGGGACGGAAUACUUAGUCAGUGUCUCCAGCGUCUACGAAAAACAUGAGAGCACCCCUCUUCGAGGAAGACAGAAAACAGGUCUUGAUUCUCCAACUGGUUUUGAUACUUCUGAUAUCACCGCCAACUCGUUCACCGUCCACUGGGUGGCCCCUCGAGCACCUAUCACUGGCUACAUAAUUCGCUAUCAUGCCGAGCAUGCUGCUGGAAGACCCAAGCAAGAGCGAAUGCCUCCGUCUCGGAAUUCUUUCACCAUCACCGACCUCAAACCUGGCACUGAGUAUGUUGUCAGCAUUAUCGCUGUUAAUGGCAGAGAGGAGAGCUCCCCGUUGAUUGGCCAGCAAUCGACAGUUUCUGACAUCCCGAGGGACCUGGAAGUCAUUGCCUCCACCCCGACCAGUCUGCUGAUCAGCUGGGAACCGCCUGCCGUCUCCGUGCGCUACUACAGGAUCACCUACGGAGAGACAGGCGGGAAUAGCCCUGUCCAGGAGUUUACUGUGCCUGGGAGCAAGUCUACAGCCACCAUCAACAACAUCAAACCUGGAGCGGAUUACACCAUCACCCUGUACGCUAUCACUGGCCGUGGGGACAGUCCAGCCAGCAGUCGGCCAAUUUCCAUCAAUUAUCAAACAGAAAUUGACAAGCCGUCCCAGAUGCAGGUGACCGAUGUUCAGGACAACAGCAUUAGUGUCAGGUGGCUGCCUUCAAGCUCUCCUGUGACUGGUUACAGAGUGACCACCGCUCCCAAAAAUGUCCCAGGACCAACACAGUCUAAAACUGUUGGUCCAGAUCAAACAGAAAUGACUAUUGAAGGCUUGCAACCCACAGUGGAAUAUGUGGUCAGUGUCUAUGCUCAGAAUCGGAACGGAGAAAGCCAGCCCCUGGUUCAAACUGCAGUAACCAACAUUGAUCGCCCUAAAGGACUGGCAUUCACUGAUGUGGAUGUCGAUUCCAUCAAAAUUGCUUGGGAAAGCCCACAGGGGCAGGUUUCCAGGUACAGGGUGACCUACUCAAGCCCUGAGGAUGGAAUCCAUGAGCUUUCCCCUGCACCUGACGGUGAAGAAGACACUGCAGAGCUACAAGGCCUCAGGCCGGGUUCUGAGUACACAGUCAGUGUGGUUGCCUUGCACGAUGAUAUGGAGAGCCAGCCCCUGAUUGGAAUCCAGUCCACAGCCAUUCCUGCUCCAACCAACCUGAGGUUCACUCAGGUAACACCCAUCAGCUUCAGUGCCCAGUGGACAGCACCCAAUGUGCACCUCACUGGCUAUCGAGUACGGGUGACCCCGAAGGAUAAGACGGGACCGAUGAAGGAAAUCAACCUUUCUCCAGACAGCUCAUCUGUGAUUGUAUCUGGGCUUAUGGUGGCCACUAAAUAUGAAGUUAGUGUCUAUGCUCUCAAGGACACACUGACAAGCAGACCUGCUCAGGGAGCCAUCACAACUCUAGAGAAUGUCAGUGCUCCAAGAAGGGCCCGUGUGACGGAUGCUACAGAAACCACCAUCACUAUUAGCUGGCGAACAAAGACUGAGACAAUCACUGGCUUCCAAGUCGAUGCUAUCCCAGCCAAUGGGCAGCCCCCAGUUCAGAGGACCAUCAGCCCAGACAUCAGAACCUACACCAUCACAGGUUUACAGCCAGGCACUGACUACAAGAUCUACCUGUACACUCUGAAUGAUAAUGCCCGGAGCACCCCCGCGACCAUCGACGCCUCCACUGCCAUCGAUGCACCGUCCAACCUGCGCUUCCUGGCUACCACACCCAACUCCUUGCUGGUAUCAUGGCAGGCGCCCCGUGCCAGGAUUACUGGCUACAUUAUCAAGUAUGAGAAGCCUGGAUCUCCUCCCAGAGAAGUGGUCCCUCGGCCCCGCCCUGGUGUCACGGAGGCCACCAUUACUGGUCUGGAGCCAGGAACCGAGUACACCAUCUACGUCAUUGCCCUGAAGAACAACCAGAAGAGUGACGCUCUGAUUGGGAGGAAGAAGACAGAUGACCUUCCCCAGCUGGUUACCCUUCCACACCCCAAUCUUCAUGGACCAGAGAUCUUGGAUGUUCCCUCCACAGUUCAAAAGACCCCCCUCAUCACCAACCCUGGGUAUGACACGGAAAAUGGUAUUCAGCUUCCUGGCACAACCCACCAACAACCCAGUGUUGGCCAACAAAUGAUCUUUGAGGAACAUGGCUUUAGGCGGACCACACCACCUACCGCCGCCACCCCUGUCAGGCAUAGGCCAAGACCAUACCUGCCGAAUGUAGAUGAGGAGGUUCAAAUCGGUCAUGUUCCCAGGGGAGACGUAGACUACCACCUCUACCCUCACGUUCCGGGGCUCAAUCCAAAUGCCUCUACAGGACAAGAAGCUCUCUCUCAAACAACUAUCUCUUGGACGCCAUUCCAGGAGAGUUCUGAGUACAUCAUUUCAUGUCAUCCUGUUGGCACCGAUGAAGAGCCCUUACAGUUCCAAGUUCCUGGAACUUCUACUAGUGCAACUCUGACCGGCCUUACCAGAGGGGUCACCUACAACAUCAUAGUUGAGGCACUGCAAAACCAGAGGAGGCACAAGGUUCGGGAAGAGGUUGUUACUGUGGGCAAUGCUGUCAAUGAAGGCCUGAACCAACCUACGGAUGACUCAUGCUUUGACCCUUACACAGUUUCCCAUUAUGCUGUUGGAGAGGAAUGGGAGCGGUUGUCUGAAUCUGGCUUUAAGCUCACAUGCCAGUGCUUGGGCUUUGGCAGUGGUCAUUUCAGAUGCGAUUCAUCUAAAUGGUGCCAUGACAAUGGCGUGAACUACAAGAUUGGAGAGAAGUGGGAUCGCCAGGGCGACAAUGGUCAGCGGAUGAGCUGCACGUGUCUUGGGAACGGAAAGGGAGAAUUCAAGUGUGACCCCCAUGAAGCCACGUGUUAUGAUGACGGGAAGACUUACCAUGUCGGAGAACAGUGGCAGAAAGAAUAUCUCGGAGCUAUUUGCUCCUGCACAUGUUUCGGGGGCCAGCGGGGCUGGCGCUGUGACAACUGCCGCAGACCUGGGGCUGAGCCCGGUCCCGAUGGCACCACCGGGCACACCUACAACCAGUAUACUCAGAGAUAUCAUCAGAGAACAAACACUAACGUUAAUUGCCCGAUUGAGUGCUUCAUGCCAUUAGAUGUGCAAGCUGACAGAGACGACUCCAGAGAGUAACACUUUCAACCCAGAAGAACGAGUAUCUCUCUGCCGAGGUCAAUCCACACCUGAGUGACGUUCGCAGACCCUCCAUCUUUGAGUGUUCAUUUCUCCCGUAAGCCUUUUGCUCUGGAGUCAAAGUUCUCAGCUUCAGCUCAACUCACAGCUUCUCCAAGCAUCAUCACCCUGGGGGAUGUUUUGAGACUUCUCUCACACAUGGUGGCAGUUGGUUACCUUGUUCUGCUUCCGAGUAGUUGGUACCACCCAGUAUUGUUUAAGAGAAUCAGAGAGCCUUGUGAUUUUGUCUGAAAUCCAUAGGGAGACACAGGUAGACAACCAUGAUGAAAAAUGUCUUGCAUGACAGCACCCAAACUCUGGAGUCAGGAAGUGUUCCCCAGAUCCUUCUGCUUCUUUCUAUAACCGUGGCCUGCAGCACUGUCAGGAGACGUCCUGUGGCCUUGUGUGCAAACACGUCACAGUACGUGCUCCAUCCCAACAACUCUGAUUGCCUAGAAAUAUCCUUCUCUUACCUGUUAUUUAUCAAUUUUUCCCAGUAUUUUUAUACGGAAAAAAUUGUAUUGAAGACACUUAGUAUUGCAGUUGAUGAGAGGAAUUCAGUAUAAUUCUGGUUGGUGAUUAUUUUUAUAUUGUACAUGCCAACGCCUUACUACUGUGGAAAGACAAGUGUUUUAAUAAAAAGAUUUACAUUCCA